UACAGUAAGCUGUCAAAAGCUUGUUGCUUAAAUCUGUGCAGUGCUACAGUAAAGUAAUGAAGAAACGAAAUCGAAGUAACAAGCUGUAUUUCUACGAACAGAGCAAGAAUUAAAUUGGUUGUUGAACAGACAUUUUGGGAGCACUUGACAUCGUGUUUUCGUUAGUUCUGUUGGACUGCCGUGUCGUCUGUCCUAGCUGGUGCGUGAUAGCUGUUUCCUCUGGGAAGCGGUUCAUCCGUGAUGAUGAGAUCACUAACAAAGUGCCUUUGAGAAGAUAUCCCCGACUUGAAGUUGGUCCGUGUACAUUGCCGACCUAUUCUUUCUUUCAGGCCAGACUCGAGCACCAACACAGGAUACCUCAGCUGCAAGCACUUUGCCUCCACUUUGCACAACUUCAGCACCUAAAAAAAAAUGAUACAAUUGAGCCAUAAUAUAAGAAGCCAGAGAAUAAUGACCUGAGAAUGUAUGAGUAAAGUGACAGGUCUGCAUUAAAUUCCCCUCACAUAUUUAUGGGCACAAUUAUUUGUGAAAUAAAGUGAUUGACCAGCCAUUUCAUCUUUCUGCUCCUGCUGAUGGAGGGCUCACAAGGUUGUUUUAAAAGAGGACUUUGCACAUAGAGCCAACCUACAGCUUUUGGUGUAUGAGGCAGAAGACAAUAAUUUGAUUGACUUAAACAUUUUAUGAUUAUAACUUUUGGACAUGGCGUUGAACCUUUCUUCAGUAAGAGACACAAAAUGGCUAACUCUGGAAGUCUGUCGACAGUUUCAGAGAGGAAACUGUUCACGUAGUGAUGAGGAAUGCAAAUUUGCUCAUCCGCCGAAGAGCUGCCAAGUUGACAAUGGGAGGGUUGUUGCCUGCUUUGACUCACUGAAGGGUCGAUGCUCAAGAGAAAACUGCAAGUAUCUUCAUCCACCUUCACACUUAAAAACCCAGUUAGAGAUAAAUGGGCGCAACAACCUCAUCCAGCAGAAGACAGCCGCAGCCGUGCUUGCCCAACAGAUGCAGCUCAUGAUCCCAGGACCCAGCUUGCAGCCUGUGCCAACAUUUCAAGUUACACAGGGGCUGUGCGCAAACGCUGGUCUUGGUUACGGUUCAUACAUGACACCGAUGAACCAUGGAAUGAGCCUCAUCUCGACAGACAACCUCUCCAGCAACCAGGUUCUUGUUUCUGGAAGCCCACCUGUCACGGUCCAGAGCUCCUCUUCUUCCUCCUCUUCUUCUCCCUCACAGAAGCUUCAGCGUACAGACAAACUAGAGGUGUGCCGCGAGUUUCAGCGGGGAAACUGUGCAAGAGGAGAGACAGACUGUCGCUUCGCUCACCCCAGUGACAGCCCAAUGAUUGACACCACAGAUAACACUGUCACUGUUUGCAUGGACUACAUCAAGAGCCGCUGUUCCAGGGAGAAGUGCAAGUAUUUUCACCCGCCUGCACACUUGCAGGCCAAAAUCAAAUCCAGUCAACAGCAAGUCAAUCACACAGCCGUGGCAGCCCAGGCCGCAGCUGCAGCCAUGACUCAGUCGACUGCCAAAGCAAUGAAGCGAUCCCUCGAGGCAACUGUAGACCUGGGCUUUCCCUACAGUGUACCCCUACCAAAGAGACAAGCUUUUGAGAAGAGCAGCUGGGCCAGCUCUCUCCUCAGCCCCAGUUUUUUGCACUACCAACAGGCUCUGGCCAACUCACAGAUGCAGCAGCCCACUGCUGCGUUUUAUCCCGCAGGUUCUGUCUUCUGCAUGGGUCCCGGUAACAACAUUGUCCCCAUGAUGUACAGUGCUGCGCCUGCUACUGUCUCUGCAGCAACUACUCCCGCCACAAGUGUCGCCUACGCAGCAACAGCACCAGCCAAUCAGAUCAUCCUCAAGUAACCACCAGAAACAGAAGUCAGUGUCGUGUUGCUGCUGUUAAAGACGCCAAACAACUGCUCUGUCAAUAUUCUGUUAACACCACACACACCCUACAACAAGCUGCAUGCUGAUAACAUCACCGAUGAAAAGGUUGUAGACAUUACUUUGAUCUCUCAUAAUAAAUUACAUAGCUCAAUUAAUAGGAUUAUACUUAGUUAGAUAAGUGUCACAGAAGAUUAUUGUAUGCACGCGCCUUUGCACCUGCAUUAACAUGCAUCCUCAGUAAUGUGCAUACUAUCCUGGUUUCUAUCUCCUAAAGCAAUUCUGACAAGGUCAGAGAUGCAUUUAGCUUCCUAAUCAGCUGAAAUGCGACGUGUCUCCACUUCACUUAUAGGAUCCUCAUAAAUAGAAAUGACAUUUUCUAAACAAAUCCAACCAGGAAACACAUGGAAAUCAAAAAGAAACAGGUUGUGCAGAUGCAGUAGUAACACCUUAAUAUUAACUGAUGGAAACAAACUGAAAUGUUGUUCACUGACAGUUUUAAAUGAUGUAAAUAUUACAAGAGAUGAGCAUUACGGAUCUAAUCUGAAAACAAUACAUGUUAAGACCAGGUGUAAAGGGGUCCUAUAUUGGUGACUGUUUCUCAAAAUAUUGAGAGACAAAAAGAUGUUCCUUUCUUGAAUGUGUUAUGUAAACUAAAAGGUUUUUCACAUUAAUGAUUGUUUAUCUAGUGCCAGCUUUAAUUAUUUCAAACAAACUAGCAAAACACACUUAUUUUAACUUUAAACUCCACGUUGUAAAAAUGAGUGAAGUUUCCUUUAAAAUGUUCUGAGCGUAGUCCAUCGAUAUUGUUUACUCCGUCAUCCCCAGAGAACAGGAUCAGUGCUCCACCUCCUGGUGUGCCUUUGCAUUGCAUAUACAGUAUGUUUGCUGAGAGAUAAUACAGUAUAAUCCAUUUCUCACAGAUACUUUAAUGCAGUGAAGCAACAAAGAUUCAAACAUUUAAAUUUCCUCCUCUUUACAAUAAAAACAACUAUUUGGAUUAUCGGUCACUGUGAUGGUUGACUUGUUGAUGUAUCGGUUUUCACUUGGAGCCGGUUUCACAAAGAUAGACUGACUACAGCUUAGGUCAAACUACUAUUCAGAUUUCAGAUGACUAAAUUGAUCUGUUGCAUAAAACCUUCUAGUUCUUGAGUAUCUUGAGUAGGACUAAAAUAACCACAUUAAUCAGCUCGGCAGAAAAUGUUUCGAUUCAACAGUGACAGGGACAUUUCGCUUCUCAUUACUCGCUCCGCAUUAUUAUUAGAAAACCAUAAAUAUAUUAGAAUAUUUUGCCCUUUUUUUUGGUAGUGUGGUGCCGCUGAUCUGCAGGUGUCACUGAUUGUUACCAUGGAAACACUGGUCAGCAGGUGUCACUGAUUGUUACAUGGAAACACUGGUCAGCAGGUAUCACUGAUUGUUACCAUGGAAACACUGGUCAGCAGGUGUCACUGAUUGUUACCACGGAAACACUGGUCAGCAGGUGUCACUGAUUGUUACCAUGGAAACACUGGUCAGCAUGUGUCACUUAUUGUUACCAUGGAAACACUGGUCAGCAGGUGUCACUGAUUGUUACCAUGGAAUUAUCUUAGUUCCCAGUAAGCCUACAUAUUAAUUUUUCUGAGAGAGACUGUCUAACUUGCUUUAGAUCAAUCUAAGAGCAAAACCAGGACCGGCCUAACGUUGCAGACGAGUCUAAAAUGUCUUUGUGAAACUGGCUCCUGCUCAACUUGAACAUAAAGCAAACCAUGUUUUUAAGAAGAGCCUUCACAGCCAUCAAAGUUAACUCAUUAAAAGGGUAUUAGAAUUACUAGCGCUCAUAUUCAAACUAAAGCUCCUGUAAUCCUUUAGGGGAUGAGUUGAGUAGUGUGUGAAUUGUUGGUCUUAAUGUUACAGUCAGUUGUCAGUACUGUAUUAUUUGAAUGUUACAAGUGCCUGAAGAAUUGUGCAGAUGAGGAUAUCCGUGCAUAUUUAAAAGGCUUUGUGUGAAAAGAAUCACUCGAUUUUAAAUCUACUCUUAUUAAGUCACAAUUAGAAAGAAAUGUUUUGCAAUGCUAUGUCAGUGCACAACCCUGUCCCCUAAAAGAUUGCAUUCCCAUACAACAAAACUAUGUUCUCGUUUCAAGGGAAACAUAUUUCCUCCCAGAUUUCCUGUCGCAGUUUAAACAUUUGGUUAACAUUGUGAAUUAAAACAAAACUACUUGGUUUUAUACAACAACAAAAAAGACUUCCUUAGAUUUAGUAAAAGAUAAUUUGUGUUAAAUAAGUAUGUUUGUCAUGUAACUACAUUUAAAUACGUAAGUUAAGUAAGUGACUUAAAAAUAAGUCAACGCCGAUUUUUCAUUUUACACGGGACACAAGCAGCAGUCUCCUAGGUGAAAGCGUGUUUGUUUGACCCAUCCAUACACCCCGACUUCCUCCUUACAAGGAGUUACGCAGACUUUUAUUAGAAACUUAUUGCGGUACGUCCAAAUCAAACAUAGUCCAGGAGAAAUUAGCCCUAUUUCCCUCGAAACGUAAUUUACAAUGCCGUUUUGUUGUAUGUUUUAGGAGACCAGGCUGCAGUGCGUUAGUAUUUCAAAUAAAUAGUUUAAAUAGUUCUUUCAAUUAGUUUUCACUGAUGCUCAAAUUUGUAUGUGCGUACUAUGUAUAAGAGUUGAUAUCCAGCUUAAUUUAAUUUGUUUCACUUUUAAGAUAAGUAUAUGACAAUGUUUCCUGAUUAGUUUCAUGCAGUAAAAUACUUUAUGUAGUAAAGUAGAAUUUAAGGAGGUAGAAGUUUGGUGAAGUUUAGUUGUGUAUGGUUGAUACCACAUUAUGCAAUUACCCAACUUUGAAACUGACAGCAGACAGAGUGGGUAUUGUGUCUGGUUACGUGGAAAACAGAACAGAUGUUGAAAACAGUUUUCACUCAUAUAUGUUAUCUUCUCAAACAUCUUUCAUGUACGUUUUACUUUGCUGUUCUGCAAAUUGUGCAAAUAUCAACCUUUCCUUUACUGUUUGCAAUGUCUUUUCAAGUGACGGAUAUAAGUUUUUCUUUUCUUUUUUUAAUGAAACAUACGCGUUCACCCAUGUGUGAUUAACUCAGACAAUCCAUCAAGAGAUAUUUCAUUUGUUCACAAUUCUUUCUUUUUUUUCAUUCGUUGUAAAAAGUUUGACACAUUAUUGGUUGGAAUAUAAGGAGUAUACUUGCAUAUUUUACUAGUUUAACUUUAGAAAAGAACACUUUUAAAAUGUAUUCUCUUCUAUUUUAUGACGAAUGUAAUUUAUUAAACUGAAUUUAGCUCUGCUGGAGGUUCCUCAAAGGGCCUUGAUCUGUUGUAUUAGCCUAUGAUAAGCCGUCUUGUGUCCAGGGAUCGAAUGUUGGAGCAAAGAGAAGCUAAAAACAUUUCAUCCCUGUCACUGCCUUGUCACCUGUGAGGGACAACCUUUGUAUGAGCAAGGCCAUAGAAUUGCUUUUUAUGUACAUGCAUUGUACAGGCCACAUUUUGCGAAAAGUAACUUUCAUAAUAGUGUAACAAUAGUUUGUCAUUUAAUUGUUUUGAUGUGUUGCUGAGGCAAUCUGAAGUUGCAGUGAUUAAAAAACUGUAUUUUUGUAGGGGAAGACGUUGUUUUUCCUCCUCACAAUAACACAUUAGAUUGUACUGUCAGAUAUUUGAUUUUAUUAUGCCAUUGUGAAACACUGUAUGUGAUCCAGUGCAUGAGAAUAUAUUUUGAAUUGUGAAUUUUGUGUUUUAUAUGGUUUCCACUGCAUGUUAACAUCUUGCAGCAAACAUAUAAUCCACCCUUAGAGAAUCUGCAGUCAGAAGGUCAGGACUUCAUUUUCUUUUCAUAAUAUGAUUGCUUUCAAAGUUUAGGUUGCUAUUAGAUAUAUGACAUUUUCCCCCUUAUUUAUUUUACCUUCAAAUAAAAGGCAUAUAACCGAAUGUUUGUUUCACCUUUUGGCAAAAAGCUUGAAUGUCAUGCACAUGGAGGUUGUUUUAGAUUUGGAUCAGCCAGUCAAAAAGAUGUGGACAGUAAGAAUGUUUAGUCUGACUGACUAAAGCACUUUCUCAAUCGUCAAACUGAGAGGACAUGCUUUUUGUGAACUUUGCCUUAUCUUUAAUCUAUUCAUAAAUUUGUAUUUGUUCAGUGAUUAAUUCCAUAUUGUCUCGUAAAAAAAUAAAUUUCACUGAAUCUUUCUGUGAAAUGAUUGCUACACGAGUUUUGAGUUUGAGGCUAAAAUGACAGUUUGUAAAAUAAACCCAACAAUGAUAUCACACUUCAAAAUAUGCCAGUGCCAUUUGGUUAAAUCCUGGCCUGAAUAUAAACUGUCCCUCUUUUUUUUUUACUUACUUGUGAAAGUUAUUUUAUUUGUGCAUAAUUAAACAUUUCAUGUGGAUAGUUUUGUUCCUGUAAAUUCAAAAUUGUGUAAAAUCUAAUAUUGCAAAUAAAUAAAUGUCAAGUAAAGGCUG